UGAAUGGUUGUGCCGGUUGCUCAGAAGGCCAAGCCCCACAAGAGUGCAAUGACUUCUUUAACAUCACCUGACUGGCUGGAGGUUGAGCUGGGAUGGACCCAGAUCCGCCUGGCCCUGGAAUUGAGGCCCCUUGUCCACUACCCUGUCUCCUUCCCGAUGCAGGGUGGCCAUUGCAGCUCACAGUACGUGUCAACCUGGUGACACCAGAUCCGUCAGUCACCUCAGUGAGGAGUGAGAAGCACCUGGGAUCGGCUUACUAAUUCAAGGGCCCGAUGAAUUAUUCACACCACCAUUGACUUGGGGGCCCUUCCAACCUCACCUCUCUUUCCCCUCUCGGACCCUUGGAUCCUGACCCCUGAACUCCGCCUUGGUGGGGGACCCCCAGUGAGGAGAUGCUGGCUGAGCUGGGGGCUUGCUUAUUGCUGGCCAUGGUACUGCUGGACUCAGGUCCUGGGACCCAAGCCACGGAAGGUGUCAAGUGUGGGGGUGUGCUCUCGGCACCGUCUGGGAACUUCUCCAGCCCAAACUUCCCAAGUCUGUAUCCCUACAACACGGAGUGCAGCUGGCUGAUCGUGGUGGCCGAGGGGUCCUCCGUGCUCCUCACCUUCCACGCCUUCGACCUGGAGUACCACGACACCUGCGGCUUCGACUUCCUAGAGAUCUACAACGGGGCCUCCGGAGACCAAGGCAAUCUUCUGGGCAGGUUCUGCGGCCAGGUGCCCCCCCCACCCUUCACCUCCUCCUGGCACGUCAUGUCUGUCGUCUUCCACUCGGACAAGCAUGUGGCCAGCCGUGGCUUUUCUGCAGGCUACCAGAAAGACGUGUGUGGCGGUGUCCUGACUGGCCUGUCGGGGGUCCUCAGCAGCCCCGAGUACCCCAACAACUACCCCAACAACGUGGAGUGCCACUGGCUGAUCCGUGCCUCAGGGCCUGCCGCCGUCAAGCUGGUGUUCGUGGACUUCCAGGUGGAGGGCAGCCAUGAAUGCAUGUACGACUACGUGGCUGUGCUCGGAGCCCCCGGCCCUGCCCACGGGCACCACUACUGCGGCCGCACCAGACCCCCCACCCUUGUGUCCCUGGGCCACGAGUUGCAGGUGAUCUUCAAGUCUGACUUCAACAUUGGAGGCCGGGGCUUCAAGGCCCACUACUUCUCAGGAGAAUGCCAGGAGGUAUUCACGGCUGUGCGUGGAAACUUCUCCAGCCCACAGUACCCUGGCUCCUACCCCAACAACAUCCGGUGCCACUGGACCAUCCGCCUGCCCCCCGGCUACCGGGUCAAGGUCUUCAUCUUGGACCUGGGCUUGGAGGAACCCAACAGCCUGACCAGAACCUGCGACUUUGACCACCUGGCGGCCUUUGAUGGGGCCAGUGAGGAGGCACAGCUCCUGGGGAAGUGGUGUGGUCAUCACCUGCCACCGCCUGUCACCUCACGUCACAACCAGCUCCUGCUUCUGCUGCACACUGACCGCAGCACCUCCGGCAGGGGCUUCUCUGUGGCCUACAUUGGAGUGGUACCCAUGAAUGUGAGCUGUUCCCGAACGGACUUCCAGAUCCUGAUCUCUGCCCAGGCGCUGGCCCCACUGGAGCGGACGAGGGUCUACCUGGGCAGCCGGAGCUGUGCAGCCCAGGAAGUUGGUAGCAACUUCCGGAUCCAAGCCCGCUUUGACACCUGCGGUACAGAGUCUCAGAGAAGAAAUAACACCUCAGUGAUCGUCAGCGUGCUGUACAUCGACUUCUCCGCUGCUGGGCACGAGGACAUCCACGAGUACGAGGUGCGCUGUGAGCCGAGGCGCAAGGAGGCAUCUGCCCACUUGCUGUCAGGCUCUCACUGGCUCGGGCCCUAUGCUGCCACGGCUGAGCACCUUCAGGAGGCACCAUCCGGGGAUGAGGCAGAGGUCCUGGAGGGCCCAGGGACGGUGGUGUCCCAGGACACCAGUGACAUCGUCUUCCUGGGCCUCUGCAUCCUAGCUGGAGUCCUUAUGAUCAUUGCCAUUGUGGUCCUGAUGCUGCUGUAA